UGGUCUCGACGUAACGGUCGGUCCUGUCCUCCUGUAGGUUAUCGGUUUCAUUUUAGCAAACAAUUAUAAUUUACUACUAUAGUACUAUAGUGUAUUAAUUGUUAUUCGUUUCAUCUGCACGUUCAAUCUUCAAUGGCAGUAAUGCAGUAUCGUUGGGGUGGCGUACUGGUACGCGUUAACUGGUAACCACCUAUGUUACCGCUCGGCGCUCGCUUCAACUACCAUUUUAUCACUCGCACAUAUAUACAUAAUAUUAUAAUUAUUAAUUAAUAAUUAUUAUUUUAUUACUAUAAUACGAUAUACCUACAUGGGUAGUUAAAAAAUGAACAAUUUUUUUCGAUUUUAACAAGAUCCAAUACGAAAUGAUUGUUUAAAUAAAUGCCGCUCGACGAUUGCCUUUUUAGACUGAGAGAAAACCCGUUACUGCUGCUGCUGCUGGAGGAGCUGGGCUAGAAACUGCAGGGUCGAGCUAGUGUAUUCCGGUACUUAACCUGCGCACCAGCGUCUAGGAAUUGCCUGUCAUGUCUUAAUAGAUUUGUCAUCGCCAAGUCUCCGAGGUUAGAAUUUCGAAACACAAUGGCUGACAAUACAGAUCCUGUUGAAGUUUUUUCAGAAACCAGCCAAAACCAUGUUAAUGAUAAUAGUCUUCAACCUAUGUUCGACGUCCUCUUAACUGAUGACAAUUCUUUGCUGCCUACAGAUACAUCUCAUUUAAAUAGCAACUCUUUGAGUAGUGACGAGGCUGUAAAUACGCCAUUAACAACUGAUAAAUCACAUUUAAAUAGCAACUCAUUAAGUAACGGUGAACCUGUGAAUAGCCUUCUACCGUCUGAUAUAUCACAUUUAAAUAGCAACUCAUUGAACAAUGAUGAUGCUGUGAAUACACCUCUGCUGUCUGAUAUAUCAGAUUUAAAAAGUAACUUAUUGGAUAGCCACUGUGCUUUAAAUAAAUCUCCGCCGACUGAUAUAUCUCAUUUAAAUGAUAACUCAUUAAGUAAUGACAAGGCUGUUAGUACAUUUCUGCCGAUCGAUAUAUCUAAUUUAAAAAGCAACUUAUUGGAUAGUCACGAGGCUGUAAAUAUAUCAGUGUCGACUGAUAUAUCUCAUUUAGAUAGCAACUCAUUAAGUAACGGCAAACCUGUGAAUACCCUUCUACCGCCUGAUAUAUCACAUUCAAAUAGCAACCCAUUGAACAAUGAUGAUGCUGUAAAUACACCUCUGCUGUCUGAUAUAUCAAAUUUAAAAAGCAACUUAUUGGAUAGUCACGAGGCUGUAAAUACAUCAGUGUCGACUGAUAUAUCUCAUUUAGAUAGCAACUCAUUAAGUAACGACGAACCUGUGAAUACCCUUCUACCGCCUGAUAUAUCACAUUCAAAUAGCAACCCAUUGAACAAUGAUGAUGCUGUAAAUACACCUCUGCUGUCUGAUAUAUCAAAUUUAAAAAGCAACUUAUUGGAUAGCCACAAGGCUGUAAAUAUAUCUGUGCCGACUGAUAUAUCUCAUUUAGAUAGCAACUCUUUAAGUAACGGUGAACCUGUGAAUAGCCUUCUACCGCCUGAUAUAUCACAUUCAAAUAGCAACCCAUUGAACAAUGAUGAUGCUGUAAAUACACCUCUGCUGUCUGAUAUAUCAAAUUUAAAAAGCAACUUAUUGGAUAGCCACGAGGCUGUAAAUAUAUCUGUGCCGACUGAUAUAUCUCAUUUAGAUAGCAACUCUUUAAGUAACGGUGAACCUGUGAAUAGCCUUCUACCGCCUGAUAUAUCACAUUCAAAUAGCAACCCAUUGAACAAUGAUGAUGCUGUAAAUACACCUCUGCUGUCUGAUAUAUCAAAUUUAAAAAGCAACUUAUUGGAUAGCCACGAGGCUGUAAAUAUAUCUGUGCCGACUGAUAUAUCUCAUUUAGAUAGCAACUCUUUAAGUAACGGCGAACCUGUGAAUACCCUUCUACCGCCUGAUAUAUCACAUUCAAAUAGCAACCCAUUGAACAAUGAUGAUGCUGUAAAUACACCUCUGCUGUCUGAUAUAUCUCAUUUAAAUAACAACUCUAACAAUGACGAGACUGUGAAUAUACCUCUGCCAACUGAUAUAUCUCAUUUAAAUAACAACUCUAACAAUGAUGAGACUGUGAAUAUACCUCUGCCAACUGAUAUAUCUCAUUUAAAUGGCAAUUAUAAUAAUGACGAGACUGUGAAUACGCCUCUGCUAACCGAUAUAUCUCAUUUAAACAGCAGCGAUGAGACAGUCAAUACACUAAAUACUCCCUCUCUUCAAGAAUCACUUAACAAUACAGAAGUGGAUUUUUUAAUCAAAUCGUCUAGUUUUACUACUAAGCAGAUUGAAAAUUACAAUAUUGGUGAUAUUGUUUGGGCUAAAAUUGGGAAGUACCCAUAUUGGCCAAGCAUUGUCUGUAAUGACCCAACAUUGAAUAUUUAUUAUAAAGAAAAAAAGAGAUUCUUGUUACAUGUCCGCUUUUGUAAUGAUAAAGGUAGAAGAAGUUGGGCGACAACAAUUGAAAACUAUCAUGGAAAAUCGGCAUUACUUUCAAAGUAUCCUAAUUGUACAAUCUAUUUUAAGAAUAGUAGAAAACUUUUGGAUACAUGGAAUUUGGCAGUUGAAGAAGCUGAUAAUUUUAUGAAACUUGAUAGAGAAUUAAGAAUGAUAGAAUUUUUCAAAACAUUUUCUAAUUCAGAUUCUGUAACUCAAUCUGUUUCAAAUAAUUUAUCGGAAGGCACUGUUACUCCUUUAAAAGUACGUACUUAUUCAAGAAAAAGAUCUCGAACAGUUCCUGAACAAGAUAUUGAUUCCAAAAUAAUGAAGACUGAAAACAUAUCUAAGAAUUGUACAUCAUCAAAAUCAAUAGACAUUCCUUUAUUGUCAAGAUCAGAUGAUGGUGAUAGUACUGUUUCUGAUAUCUCAAUGAGUUAUGCUUUUAUGGACGAUUUAGGUUUAAAAGCAAAACAGGAAAUUGUAAAAAAAAGAAGAUCAACUAAAACAUACCCACCAAAAAAUUCAUUUGCCAAUAAAUAUGAUUUAACUUAUUCAAUAGCGAAUACUCAAGAAAAUAAUAGUGUGUCUGAUAAUCAGGAAAAAUACCCAGUUACAACCACAAAAACUUCUACUCGUACAGUACCUGAACAUAGAAAACUUGAAAUAAGCAUAUUAGAAGGAGAAUAUGAUCAAGAUAAUAUUAUUUUUCCAAGUUCUCGUCGUUCAAAAAAAAAUAUUACAAUUCAUAUGAAUUCAACCAAUUCUAAGAAAACAGUAAAAAGAAAAAAACUCAUUGGGAAAGAAAACUCUACUGGAAGAAAGUCGACUACAGUUAAACGUGAAAGUAGCCAAGAACCAGAUACAACAGAAAGUGAAGCUUCUUCAAAAAAUGAAACAUAUAGUUCAGUUUUCUUGACCUCUUCAAAAAACAAACAACUUUUUGCAAAAACCUGGAAAAGAGCAUGUGUAGUUUGUAAAAACAUCAAAAAUACAAUAAAAUGCAUGGGCCCAUGUCAAAGUUAUUUUCACAAAGAAUGUUUAGAUAAAAGUGAAGAAAGAUAUCAUCAGACAAAAAGUAUAGCAAUGUCUAAGAUUAAAAAACCGCCUGGUCGCCGUAAAAGAAAUUACUCAAAAAUUAUACAGAAAAAUGAAGAUUCUAUUUCUGAAAUUCCACAGCUUAUUAAUAACAUUAAAGAAGAAAACACUUCUAAGUUAUUUAAAGAAGAUGAUGAAAUCAAAUCGAAUGGCUUAUCUGAUACUCAAUGUUCAGGUUAUACCAAUGAAGAAACUAUAUCUCUUAACCAACUUGAAUCAGAUGAUCUAUUUAAAAAUGAUAACUGCAUGCUUACUGAGAACGAAAAUACUCAAAGUGAAUUAGAAAGUGUUAAUGAAGAUUCUAUUCAAGGAACAUCUGAAAAAAAAAAUGUUAAUACUUCAAUAGUACCAAUAAAUUGUGAUGAAAAAAUACCAUUAGACAAUUUAAAAUAUAUGUGCAGCUUAUGUAAAGUAGAUAAAACAAACUGUUUUAUAUGUGGCUUGGUUAUUGAUGAUUUGGGACAAAAGAUUGUUUGUAAAAUAUCUAGUUGUGGAAAAUAUUAUCAUGAAAAUUGUUUAAAUAAUUGGCCACAAUGUCAGUGGACUCAAGAGUCGCGGAAUAAUAUCCGAUGUGUAGUAUGUCCACAUCAUGUUUGUCACUUAUGCAUUUCGGAUAACCCUAAAAGUUCAUGUAAAACUCAUUUUCCCGCCGAAAAAAUAACUAGGUGUAUUAGAUGUCCUACAGCCUAUCACAGAAGUGAAUACUGUUUACCAGCUGGUUGUCAAGUCUUAACAUACAAUGAUAUCAUUUGUAGUCGACAUUUUGAACCUGUUAAAAUUCAAAACAAUCAUUAUAAUGCUACUUGGUGUUUUAUUUGUGCAUUAGGAGGUGGUUCAUUAGUUUGCUGUGAUUUGUGUCCAUCUUCAUUCCAUAUUGAUUGUUUAAAUCAAAACCCAUCUGAAUUUGAAGGAGGUUUUACUUGUGAAGAAUGUCAAACUGGACGAUAUCCUCUAUAUGGUGAAAUUGUUUGGGUUAAGAUAGGAAAUUAUAGGUGGUGGCCAGCUGAAAUUGUAUUUCCAAAUCAAGUUCCUGAUAUUGUAAAUUCAAUACCACAUUCUGUUGGACAAUUUGCUGUUCGAUUUUUUGGAACUUAUGAUUAUUAUUGGGUGAAUCGUGGACGAGUAUUUAAUUUUCAUGAAGGGGAUGAUGAGAAUAUUUUGACAAAAAGUAAAAUGAAGGUUAUAGAUCAAGUGUUUCAAGAUUCUAUUGUAGAAGCAGCUCAAGCACAUAAUGCUUAUAUUUUAGAAAAGGAAAAAAAUGAUGCUAUAGUAGCAAAAUCGUUUACAAAGCCUCCAAAAUUUACAAGAAUAAAAUUCAACAAACCUAUUGGCAACGUCAAAAAUAUGGAAUUUGAUAUUACCCCAAUGACUCCUUGUGAAUGUGAUCCAACAAAGCCAAACCCAUGUGGUCCUGGUUCUGAUUGUAUAAAUAGAAUGCUUAUGUUUGAAUGUGGACCAAAAGUAUGUCCUGCUGGAAAUAAAUGUAAUAACCAAAGAUUUGAAAAAACAUUGUACCCUGCUAUGGUACCGUUUUUAACAAAAGGUAGAGGUUGGGGUCUAAAAACAUUGGAAGAUAUAAAAGAAGGUUCAUUUGUGAUUGAAUAUGUCGGUGAUGUAAUUGACGAAGAAGAAUUUCAAAGAAGAUGUUUGGAAAUGCAUCAAAGGAAUGAACAAAAUUAUUAUUUUUUGACCAUAGAUAAUUCUAGAACAAUUGAUGCUGGUCCAAAAGGAAAUUUAUCAAGAUUUAUGAACCAUUCAUGUGAACCAAAUUGUGUGACACAAAAGUGGACAGUGAAUGGAGAUACUAGAAUUGGACUUUUUGCUCUACAUGACAUUCCUACUGGUACUGAGCUGGUUUUUGAUUACCGUUUACAGAGUUGCUCAGGAGUAGAGAAAAAACCUUGUCAAUGUGGAGCUGCAAGAUGUUCUAAAUUUAUUGGAGUCAAAGUGGAAGAAGAGAAAAAGAAAGUAAUUUCAAUUAAUGAUGUUGAUAAGUGUAAAGUUUCUUCAAAAAACAAACGAAAGCCGUUGAAACUUAAGGAUAAUGUUUCCGAUUCAGACAAGUCCAAAUUAAUUAACAAUGAUCAAAACAACUCUACAAUUGAAAAUGAGGUAGAAGCAUCUAACACUGAGAAAGUUGACCUUUCCAAAAAAUCCAAAUCAAAAAAAUCUAUUGGCAAGCCAUCAACUGUUUUAAAAAAAGAAAAUUCAGAAUCCUCAGAAACAUCUGUUGUUAUAAAAAAGAAAUGGAAAAAAUCAGCUAGGAACAGCACCAAUAUGACCAAAGAUAACAUUACAAUUGAUGAUUCUACAGAAUCCGAAGGAAAUGUUAAUUCAAAAAGAAAGUUAAGGAAUGGUUUGUCUACUCUUUCUUCGAGAAAACUAUUGAUAAAAGAUGAUCCGUCGGAUAACGACAAUUCUGUUGUAAUGAAGAAGAAACGACAACUCGACAGUAUUAAAAAAAAGAAUGUAAUCCAACCCGAUGUGUUACUUCUGCCAUCGCCUAUCGUAACCAAAUUAUCAUCUGCUACAACUUCAUGUACAUCUGAAGAAAAUGCCAUUGAUAUUAAAUUUGACAUAUCUACUAAAACUCAAGAAAAAUCUCGAAACAAUUUAACUAGACUAGCAAAAAGCAGACAUUUAUUUUUAUCCAAAAACGAUACGAGUAAGGAAACAAAAAAGCAGCCUGUUUUAUCCAGUAAAAAAAUCAACAAAGAAAAAAAGAAUUUAUCAAAGAUAACAAAAGUCAUAAAAAACAGUAAAAAAAAUUUGUCAGGGAAAACUGUUGUAAUGAAGAAAACUAAAAUAAACAAAGACUUCUUACAGUCUAAAGCAUAUUUCAAAAACAAUUCUUGUUUGAUUUGUGGGAAAGGCCAUACAGAAUUAGCAUGCAAAAACAAAAAAUGCCCCAGAGUCUUUCAUCUCAGUUGUAUUAACAAAACUAGAAUUGUAAAAUCCGGAUUCAUUUGCCCUUCUCAUUUUUGUUCUUUGUGCAACAAACGUAAGGUAGUAGCCAAAUGUAAAUUUUGUGUGGAAUCGUUUUGCACUAUGCACGUCAAAGGAAACAUAUUCAAAGAUCCGCUGGGCAAUGGUAUGUUAUGUACUACUCAUCAUCCUAACAAAACAUUUAUGCCAAACGUAAGUAAUCCAGUGACUCUUGACCCAAAUGCUAGUAGCAAAGUAAAUAUUAUGAAUAACAAUGAGGAACCCAUUGGUUUUUUGGAACAUGGUUAUAAUAUUGCGAUAUCAGAAGACUCUGAAGAUUCAUUGAAUAUUAAUAUAGAUAAAAUGAACAAAGAAGAAUAUACGCAGGCACAGGUUGUCAAAGAUGAGUGCGAUCGUGAAUAUAUACACAUUGGUGGGUUCAAUGUAUGUAAUAUGUCUGAUUUGGUCUCAGAUCAAGGAGAAAGCUAUAUAGCACCACCUGAUACAGAUGGUAAUCUAUUCAAGCCAUCGUUGGCCAAUGUUGUUAUUGAUAUAGAGUCUGCAUCUGCUUUUUACCAGCCCAUGGACAACUUACAACUAGUCUCUAUUGCCACUGACAAUAAAGAUAGCCAUGACUAUGCCAACGUAAAUUUCAUAACUGAAGCUAAUCAAACCAAAAACAAAUGGCUAGCAGCUGAACCUUAAAGUAAUAUAGUCAAGUGUCAAGCAUUAUUUUGUUAAUUUUUUGACAAGAAAUAUCAAUUUAAUUCUCCUUUUUCAAGAAAGUUAGUUACCUAAAUAGGAAUUUAAUUUGUUUUGUUAUUAUUUUUAUUUUCUUUUAUGGCAAUUAAAUAGUUGUUCAUAUAUUUUUUUAAUAAUCUAAUCAAACAUUUACCAUUUGAUAUGGUAUAUUAGGUAUUAUGUAUGUUGUUAAAAGUUUGAGUCAUUUAAAUAUUUUUAAUAUAGAACAUUUAUGUUAAAAAUAUAUAUAUAUAUUUAUUAUUUGAUUGGGUAUUUUACUAAAUGA